AUGGAUCCAUCACCAACCGCAUAUGUAGUUGUAAAUGGCCCGAUGUCCUGGUAUGAGGCAAAAAAAGAAUGUGAAAAUAGAGAUCUCGUGCUUGCUGAACCCCACACCGAGUCUGAAAACGAUGCAAUACAAGCAUUAAAUGUGUCAGGUAAUUAUUGGCUUGGUAUUACCGACAUACACCACGAUGGAACAUUUACUUACCGCACAUGCAAUAGAAUCCCUGAAUACAGUAACUGGGAUGCCAACGAGCCAAAUGGUUAUAAUAUGAUUGAGGACUGCACAGAGAUGCGAGAAUCCAAUGGGUUAUGGAAUGUAAUUCCUUGUAAUUGGGUACUAGGCCAUGCUGUUUGCGAAUACUGGCACGGUGCGCAUGGUAUUAUGCAAAUGAGAACAUUCGACGGACGCCCAUAUAUAUUCCAAGGCACAUGCUGGUACAAUCUAUUCAAAGACUGCACCGACGACUCUCGUUUCGAAGUCACUGCAAAGUUUGAACCUAGAAAACAUAGCACAUCUGAUAAAGUCAGCACAAGAAUUGUCGCUUUCAACCUAACUUUUGGCGAUCAGUACGCAAAUGUUGAUGGACUGGACAUAACUACAGGACGUACUGGCGGGCAAGUGACUGCAGCACACGCUAUAACCAUCCAUGUAGAAGAUAAGAAGAUUACAAUGAACUUCACUUCAAGGAAGACGACAUUCACUCUUGAUUGGACUCUAAGAAAACAUGCAUUAAGUGUAUCUUUCUAUGGCUCAUUUUAUCGUGGCAAGCUGUGCGGUUUGAUGGGCAAUGCUGACGGUAAUGCUCUCAAUGACUUUCAAAAACUUGAUGGCAGUAUUGCAAAAAACGAUGUUGGGUUUACUGAAAGCUGGAAAGUGAGAGAAAAAAAAUUUUCUAUUGGUGAGACCAGCUUAUAUCUAUGUGAAGGCUCAGUGACUGGAUCAGUCUGUGUUAAUAGCUCAAUAGCAGGGUUAGAUUAUGACAAUGGUUCAAUGGGCGGAUCAGACUAUGGUAAUGGCUCGGUGGCUGGAUCAAACUAUGGUAAUGGCUUGGUGGCUGGGUCAAAUUCUGGUAAUGGCACAUUAGCUUGA